CCAGCCGCGGGCUCCUUUGCCCCGCCUUCGCGGCGCCCGUUUCCUGGCCCUCCCCACCUUAAGCGAGACCAACGAGAGGACACCGCCUGCGGCUAGAACAUCCGGCCAGGAGCGCAACCGAGUGGCGCGCCAACGUGAGAGGAAACCCGUGCGCGGCUGCGCUUUCCUGCCCCUAAGCCGUUGUAGACGCGGAACUGUGUUUAUUGACCAAGUUCUGUGAGUGACAGAGGAAAGCCUUCCUGCCUCUUGCGCCACCCACCACUCAGAAAUUACAUCUGUCAAGCUAUUCCACACCUUGUCUUUCUGGAAAAAUGCUUUCUGAAAGCAGCUCCUUUUUGAAGGGUGUGAUGCUUGGAAGCAUUUUCUGUGCUUUGAUCACUAUGCUAGGACACAUUAGGAUUGGUCAUGGAAAUAGAAUGCACCACCAUGAGCAUCAUCACCUACAAGCUCCUAACAAAGAAGAUAUCUUGAAAAUUUCAGAGGAUGAGCGCAUGGAGCUCAGUAAGAGCUUUCGAGUAUACUGUAUUAUCCUUGUAAAACCCAAAGAUGUGAGUCUUUGGGCUGCAGUAAAGGAGACUUGGACCAAACACUGUGACAAAGCAGAGUUCUUCAGUUCUGAAAAUGUUAAAGUGUUUGAGUCAAUUAAUAUGGACACAAAUGACAUGUGGUUAAUGAUGAGAAAAGCUUACAAAUAUGCCUUUGAUAAGUAUAGAGACCAAUACAACUGGUUCUUCCUUGCACGCCCCACUACGUUUGCUAUCAUUGAAAACCUAAAGUAUUUUUUGUUAAAAAAGGAUCCAUCACAGCCUUUCUAUCUAGGCCACACUAUAAAAUCUGGAGACCUUGAAUAUGUGGGUAUGGAAGGAGGAAUUGUCUUAAGUAUAGAAUCAAUGAAAAGACUUAACAGCCUUCUCAAUAUCCCUGAAAAGUGUCCUGAACAGGGAGGGAUGAUUUGGAAGAUAUCUGAAGAUAAACAGCUAGCAGUUUGCCUGAAGUAUGCUGGAGUGUUUGCAGAAAAUGCAGAAGAUGCUGAUGGAAAAGAUGUAUUUAAUACCAAAUCUGUUGGGCUUUCUAUUAAAGAGGCAAUGACUUACCACCCCAACCAGGUAGUAGAAGGCUGUUGUUCAGAUAUGGCUGUUACUUUUAAUGGACUGACUCCAAAUCAGAUGCAUGUGAUGAUGUAUGGGGUAUACCGUCUUAGGGCAUUUGGGCAUAUUUUCAAUGAUGCAUUGGUUUUCUUACCUCCAAAUGGUUCUGACAAUGACUGAGAAGUGGUAGAAAAGCAUAAUAUGAUCAUUGUAUAAGACAUGUGUUGUCAUUAUUUGUAGUAGUAACUACAUAUCCAAUACAGCUGUAUCUUUCUUUUUCUUUUCUAAUUUGGUGGCACUGGUAUAACCACACAUUAAAGUUAGUAGUACAUUUUUAAAUGAGGGUAGUUUUUUUCUUUAAAGCACAUGAACAUUGUAAAUGUGUUGGAAAGAAGUGUUUUAAGAAUAAUAAUUUUGCAAAUAAAGUAUAUAUUAAUAUUAUAUUUAUGUGAUAAAUUCUAAAUUAUGAACAUUAGAAAUCUGUGGCACAUAUUUUUGCUGAUUGGUUAAAAAAAUUUUAACAGGUCUUUAGCAUUCUAAGAUAUGCAAAUGAUAUCUCUAGUUGUGAAUUUGUGAUUAAAGUAAAACUUUUAGCUGUG